AUGCUGGCGAGUCCAGGGGACGCCAGGGGAAGGAAGUUCCGGGACCCUCCCUGCGCUCCCGGCCACCUCCGCUUCCUGCUCACGCCUCACCUUGUCCCCAGAGCCUGGGCUCCCUCUCACGGCUUGGGAAAUGUGACCUUUAUUCGGGGGGCCUGGCUCUGCAGGCCCCAGCCUUAUCUCAGCUUUGGGGGACCCCUUGGGCCUUUGACCCUGACCCCACCCCCAGGCCAGGCUCUGGAAGCUGCCCCCCCCAAGAUCGGCCCCAGGGCAAGUGGGCAGCGGUGCCAGCCCCACCUGUGCCUGGGCUGUGGCCCUUCCUACAGGGCGCUCGCCAUGGCCCCGCCGCUCCUGCUGCUGCUGCUGGCCAGUGGAGCGGCCGCCUGCCCACUGCCCUGCAUCUGCCAGAACCUGUCGGAGUCGCUCAGCACCCUGUGUGCCCACCGAGGCCUGCUGUUCGUGCCGCCCAACGUGGACCGGCGCACGGUGGAGCUGCGGCUGGCUGACAACUUCAUCCAGGCCCUGGGGCCACCGGACUUCCGCAACAUGACCGGGCUGGUGGACCUGACGCUGUCCCGCAACGCCAUCACCCGCAUCGGGGCCCGCGCCUUCGGGGACCUGGAGAGCCUGCGCUCCCUGCACCUGGACGGCAACAGGCUGGCGGAGCUGGGCGCAGGCAGCCUGCGGGGCCCUGCCAACCUGCAGCACCUCAUCCUCAGCGGCAACCAGCUGGGCCGCAUCGCGCCAGGCGCCUUCGACGACUUCCUGGGCAGCUUGGAGGACCUGGACCUGUCCUACAACAAUCUGCGGCAGGUGCCCUGGGCCGGCAUCGGCGCCAUGCCCGCCCUGCACACCCUCAACCUGGACCACAACCUCAUCGACGCGCUGCCCCCGGGCGCCUUCGCCCAGCUCAGCCAGCUCUCCCGCCUUGACCUCACUUCCAACCGCCUGGCCACGCUGGCGCCCGACCCGCUCUUCUCCCGGGGCCGCCACGCCGAGGCCUCGCCCGCGCCACUGGUGCUGAGCUUCAGCGGGAACCCCCUGCACUGCAACUGCGAGCUGCUCUGGCUGCGGCGGCUGGCACGGCCCGACGACCUGGAGACCUGCGCCUCCCCGCCCGGCCUAGCCGGCCGCUACUUCUGGACAGUGCCCGAGGGCGAGUUCUCCUGUGAGCCGCCCCUCAUCGCCCGCCACACACAGCGCCUCUGGGUGCUGGAGGGCCAGCGGGCCACGCUGCGGUGCCGGGCCCUCGGCGACCCCGCGCCCACCAUGCACUGGGUCGGCCCCGAUGACCGGCUGGUGGGCAACUCCUCCCGGGCUCGGGCUUUUCCCAAUGGGACCCUGGAGAUCGGGGUGACGGGCUCCGGGGACGCGGGGGCCUACACCUGUAUUGCCACCAACCCGGCCGGCGAGGCCACGGCCCGCGUUGAACUGCGGGUGCUGGCUCUGCCCCACGGGGGGAACGGCAGCACCGAGGGGGGCCGCCCGGGGCCCUCAGACAUCGCGGCUUCAGCCCGCACGGCUGCGGAGGGCGAGGGCACGCCUGAGUUGGAGCCGGCCGUGCAGGUGACGGAGGUGACAGCCACCUCAGGGCUGGUGAGCUGGGGGCCAGGGCGGCCAGCAGACCCCGUGUGGAUGUUCCAGCUCCAGUACAACAGCAGCGAGGACGAGACCCUCAUCUACCGGAUCGUCCCGGCCUCCAGCCAUCGCUUCCUGCUGAAGCACCUGGUCCCGGGCGCCGACUACGACCUCUGCCUGCUGGCGCUGUCACCCGCCGCUGGGCCCUCUGACCUCACUGCCACCCGGCUGCUGGGCUGCGCCCACUUCUCCACGCUGCCAGCCACGCCCCUGUGCCACGCCCUGCAGGCCCACGUGCUGGGCGGGACCUUGACUGUGGCCGUAGGGGGCGUGCUGGUGGCUGCCUUACUGGUCUUCACUGUGGCCUUGCUGGUUCGGGGCCGGGGGGCCGGGAACGGCCGUCUCCCGCUCAAGCUCAGCCACGUGCAGUCGCAGACCAACGGAGGCCCCAGCCCCACGCCCAAGGCGCACCCCCCACGCAGCCCGCCGCCUCGCCCCCAGCGCAGCUGCUCCCUGGACCUGGGGGACAGCGGCGGGUGCUACGGUUACGCCAGGCGCCUCGGAGGGGCCUGGGCCCGACGGAGCCACUCUGUGCACGGGGGGCUGCUCGGGGCUGGGGGCCGGGGGGCGGGGGGCAGUGCCGAGCGGCUGGAGGAGAGCGUGGUCUGA